AUGGGUCUACCUUAUAACAUUUAUUUGGAAGAGACAAACUACGAACAUUAUUUAUUUUGCAUUUUACAGAUCUUAGCGCUGUUGUCCUGUGUUAGCGUCGCAUUGGCGGUGCCAAUUGAGUACGGUGGACUGUAUGCGCAUGCGCCAGUCUUUCAUGCCCCGAUCGUUCAUGCACCUGUCGCUAUCGCUGAGCCUGUAGCCUAUCCAAAGUACGCUUUCAAUUAUGGAGUCAAGGAUCCCCACACUGGCGACGUUAAAUCGCAGCAGGAAGAAAGAGAUGGCGAUGUUGUUAAAGGUAGCUACUCCUUAGUAGAACCCGAUGGUACAACACGGACAGUGAACUAUUCAGCGGAUGACCACACUGGUUUCAAUGCAGUUGUACAUAAGUCGGGCCAUGCAGUUCACCCGGUAGCGGUAGCUCCAGUUCCUCAUUAUGCACAUGCACCGACACUUGUCCUGUCUUCCUAUGGACACCACUGAUAAUUUAACACGACGGUACUCCUUAGUCUUCCAACUCACGCAAAGUUGUAGUUUAAAUAGUUAUACCUAGAUAUAAAAUGGAAACGAUUGUUUGUGGUUGCAUCAGUAUGGGUAACAUAUAAAACGUUGAAAGAUUUUUAUCUUUUUAAUAAAUAACAGGACUGGAAUAAUGGAAAUAAUAUAUAUAAAUGUCUAGGCUGUAUGGUUGCAGGCCUUUGUCUAUCCCUGAAGGAGCAAAAUGAAAUGCCAUUAAAAUAAUGAAUACCUACAGCUUUUGUUUUAAGAUCGUUACAAUACGAAAAUGCGUAAUGGUGAGCUAGAUGGAUCCGUUGUCUUCAACUUUUGAAUGUUAUUCACAAGACUACAUAAGAAUGUACUUUUAAGUAUUUCAAGCGACAUCCAAAAGUAUUUUGAUUUACUUAUUAUAUUUUAAGUUAUUCGAUUUUCUUGUAUUAAUUAAUUCGAUGUAAGUGCCUUUCUAUUCAUAGCAUCUGAAGUACAACUAUAUAAUUUAAUUUUGUAUUAAU